AGCUAUGGAAAUCGAAUAAUUAAAAGAAAAAAAAAAAGCAGUUAUGAAAAUUGAGCAGCUUUUUUCUUUUAGCUCCUCUCCUUAUCCUAUAUAUAAUGCUAGUGGUAAGCCAUUAUAUGACGAAACACUGUCUGUACUGCGGCGAAGCUGAUUUUCGUCUGAUUUCAUGAUAUCGGCAGACAGCAGGACAGUGUCUGAUAUAAAGAAAGCUUCUAGGUAAGGCACUUAACGACCCACAUCAUGGAUGAUAACAGUGAUCCAUUUCCCCAGCUGGGGAGUGUGUAUAGAAAAGGUUCUGGUGGUAGCCAUGUUAAACGAUCGAGUAAAAAUGUGGCAAAUGUCAUUAUAGAAUCUGCACACAGAUACAGUGGAAAGAUUGCUGCAGAAGGCCGUGGUCCUCAGAUCUCUACUCCUAGUGCAUGGGAACGUCCAAAAUUGAUGUAUAAGCUUGGGAUGCAAAUAAAUAGCAAUGCCAAGACAAAUCAAAAUGCUGAUUCUAAGAAUUACUCUAGCUGUGGAAAUGAAUUUUCUUCUCAACAGAGCAGCUACUUUGAGCAGGGUCAGAUUGGGAGUGCUCCUCAAGUUGGUUCCCGUAAGUUGAAUGGUGGGGAAGAGAGGAAGAUCAAAGAUGAGAUAUCCAACUACCAAGUUGGUGGUGUUAGUGAUGACAAGAAUAGGAUUGUUGAUAACAGAGAUGAUGAAGAGAUAUUUGGCAGUAGUGAUGAUGAUGAACUCUUUGAUGAUGAUUUUGAUUUAUAUACAAGUGAAAAGAGCACUGAGAUGCGUAAGAAGAGCAAGUGGUGCAAUGCAUUCUUUGAUGACUUGGAAAAAUUGACCGUUGAGGAGCUGAAUUCACCGGGAAGAAAGUGGCAUUGCCCUGCUUGCAUAGGGGGUCCUGGUGCCAUUGACUGGUAUCGAGGUCUGGAGCCCUUAAUGUAUCAUGCUAUGAUGAGAAAGACAAGAAGGGCAAAGCUCCAUCGCGUAUUUGCUGAACUUUUGGAUGAAGAGACACGGAAGAAGGGACUUUCACUCUCUCCACUUGGUGUAGCCUUUGGCAGGUGGCAAGGUCUAAAUGAGAGAGUCAAAGAUUAUGAAAUUGUUUGGCCUCCAAUGGUUGUCAUCAUGAACACAAGAUAUGAGCAGGAGGAAAAUGGCAAGUAUAUUGGCAUGGGAAACCGAGAGCUUCUGGAUCAUUUCAAAACAUAUGCUGCAUUGAAGGCUCGACAUUCAUAUGGUCCGCAAGGGCAUAGAGGGAUAAGCGUGUUGAUUUUUGAUGACACAGCAGCAGGUUAUUUAGAGGCUGUUCGGCUGCAUAAGCACUUCAAAGAGCAAGGAAGAGACAGGGAUGCCUGGGAUAGCAAUCGAUUUCCAUUCUGUUCAGGGGGAAAGCGCCAACUCUAUGGAUACAUGGCUUUGAAAGAAGAUUUGCAUAUUUUCAACCUGCAUUCCCAAGGGAGGUCCAAGCUGAAAUAUGAGAUGAGGUCAUACCAGGAGAUGGUUGAGAAACGAAUAAAGCAAAUAAAUGAGGAUAGCCAACAGCUUGUCAGGUUUAAGGACAAGAUUACUCAAGAACAAAAGCAUUCGAAAGUUCUUGCUGAGUCUGUAAGCAGAUUGAGUGAGGAGCUCUGUAAGACUAUAGAAAAGAAUCACAGCAUGAGACGGCGAACUAAAUUGCUGCUUGAAGAAAACAAAGGACAGACGAAUUUCCAAGAACAAUUUUUCAAUGAUCAAAUCAAAAUUAUCCAUCAAGCUAUAGAUGCAAAAGAAGAUAAUUUUGAGAAGUUGCAGCAGGAAAAGUGGGAGAAAUUUGAGCAGUCAAAUGCAAAUCUCUCGACUAUAAAUGAUACAAAUAGGAUGGAGGAUAUGGUUAGUUUCAUAAAAUCCCAGGAUAAAGAGAGAGAAGAAUUUGAAGCAGAGAGGAAGAAGCUGAUAGAGACUCAUGAAGACAAAAAGAGUUCAAUUAUGAAGAGAUAUUGGGAAGAGCUGCUUGAGUUGGAAAAAGAGUUGGAAAAUGAGCUAAAACAACUUAUGGAAAAGUACAACAAAGAUCAUCCAGGGAUGAAAACCAGCAACAACUAGCCAUAAAUUUUAAGCUGAGCAGAGUGGAGAAGAUAGCUGAAUACGGAAUCUACACAUGCAUACAUUGGUAAACAUCAUCAAAAAGGAGAGAAUUCAUUUUUCUUUUAUGUUAUGUUUGGAUAUUAAAAUUUGAAAUAAAGGGUUUGGAUUUAAUUUUUA